GCUGGAGCCGGCAGGGAGAGGCGGCGUGUGAGAGGCUCCGGGCGCCCCGGAGAACCUCCCGCCGGUUUCCCCGGGAGCCUGGGCUCCGCGCUGCCUGCCGAGCGGUCUGCGUGCCGGGCAGGAGCUGCAGGGGCUGUGGUACAGGUGGGACCGCUAGGUCAGGGUCCGAAGGCAUCUGAAGAGCGAGAAACCUUUCCCUUGGCGUGCAUGGGUAGACUUCCUCUCCGCUCCCAAAAAACUUCACAAAAAGCAUGCUUCUGUUCGUAGGAAUCAAAAUAUUCAGAGGUGGCAAGUUUUAAAGAAAAGCAAACAAAAAAACCCGAAACCAAACCAAAAACAACAAACAAGUAUGUCAUGUGUUUUGACAACUAGUAUAUUUAUUUGCUGUCAAUUCUUUCUGACAACUGCUUGAUAAGAAACUUAAUAUCCUUUUAUUUCCUAGCUGGCCAUUUCAACUCCUGCAACUCUUACAGAUAGACUGGGAGGAACCUAUUUGGAUGAGCUUAUUUCUUGCACUGCCCAGAAUGUUAUCAGAUGAGAAAUUGUAUGAAAUUUACAGGAUCUCCAAUCAAAUUAAAGGUGUCCCAGGGUCAACCCGUCAAACUAAAUUGCAGCGUCGAGGGAAUGGAAGAUCCCGAGAUGUUGUGGAUCAAGGACGGAGCAGUGGUGCAAAGCGUAGACCAGGUGUACAUUCCAGUAGAUGAAGAACACUGGAUCGGCUUCCUCAGCUUGAAAUCCGUCGAGCGGACAGAUUCUGGGAAGUACUGGUGCCAGGUUGAGAACGGGGGGAAGAAGGAAGAAUCACAGCAAGUGUGGCUCAUAGUGGAAGGUGUGCCCUACUUUACUGUGGAACCUGAGGAUCUGUCCGUGUCCCCUAAUGCCCCAUUUCAUAUGGCCUGUGCUGCUGUUGGUCCCCCUGAACCAGUGACAAUUGUCUGGUGGAUGGGAGACUCUAGAGUGGGGCUUCCAGACAUCUCCCCCUCCAUCUUAAAUGUGUCAGGUAUUAAUCAAAGCACAGUUUUCUCCUGCGAAGCUCACAACGUAAAAGGAUUGUCUUCAUCUCGGACAGCCACUGUUCAAAUUAAAGCCAUGCCUCUGCCGCCUCUCAAUCUAACUGUAAGCCAAGUCACCAGCAGCAAUGCCAGCGUGGUCUGGGUGCCAGGAUUUGAUGGCCGUGCACCCCUCCACUCUUGCACUCUUCAGGUAGCUGAGUCACCAGAUGGCCAAGAGGUCUCCACUGAAGUCACCCCAGUGCCCCCCUUUGCCUAUGGUGUGCAAGACCUGAAGCAUUCCACCAACUACAGUGUCCGUGUGCAGUGCAGCAAUGAGAUGGGCAGCUCCCCUUUCACCGACAGGGUUUAUUUCCAGACCCUAGAGCUUGCUCCCAGCAGCACCCCACAAAAUAUCCAUGUCAUCCAAAGAGAUCCUGGUCUGAUUUUAGAGUGGGAAGGUGUGGCUCCAGAUGUGCUGAAAGAAAAUGUCCUGGGCUACAGGCUGGAAUGGAUUCAGGAUAAUGUAACUCAGGGGGAGAUGAUCGUACAGGAUACAAAAGCUAAUCUCACAGCGUGGAAUCCUCUCAAAGACCUCAUCAUCAGAGUGUGUGUGCUGAACUCUGCAGGAUGCGGGCCCUGGAGUGACCUCUUCCUGCUUGAAGCCAAAGAGGUCAUGGGUGGCCAGAGACAACCUCCAUAUGGGACGUCCUGGGUUCCUGUGGCGUUGGGCAUUCUCACAGCUCUGGUCACAGCUGUUGCCCUGGCUCUUAUUCUCCUUCGAAAAAGAAGAAAGGAAACUCGGUUUGGCCAUGCCUUUGGCAGUGUGGUUGGCAGAGGGGAUCCAGCAGUCCAUUUCAGAGCUGCCAGGUCUUUCAACAGAGAGGGCCCAGAGCUUAUUGAAGCAACAUUGGAGAGUGUUGGGAUCAGUGAUGAGCUGAAGACAAAACUCAAAGAUGUCCUCAUCCAGGAGCAGCAGUUCACCUUGGGAAGAAUGUUGGGCAAAGGAGAGUUUGGGUCAGUUCGGGAGGCAUUACUGAAGUUAGAUGAUGGCUCUUUCCAGAAAGUGGCAGUGAAGAUGCUGAAAGCGGACAUCUUCACUUCAACUGACAUUGAGGAGUUCCUGCGAGAGGCUGCAUGUAUGAAGGAGUUCGAUCACCCACAUGUCACUAAACUGAUUGGAGUCAGUCUGCGGAGCCGUCCCAAGGGCCGUCUUCCAAUUCCCAUGGUGAUCCUGCCCUUCAUGAAGCAUGGAGACCUUCAUGCUUUUCUGCUGAUGUCACGGAUUGGGGAAAACCCUUUUAACUUGCCUGUUCAGACGCUCCUGAAGUUCAUGAUUGACAUUGCCAGUGGGAUGGAGUACUUGAGCUCAAAGAAUUUCAUACACAGGGACCUUGCAGCUCGAAACUGCAUGUUGGAUGAGAACAUGAACGUGAGUGUUGCAGACUUUGGGCUGUCUAAGAAAAUCUACAGUGGAGACUACUACCGCCAGGGCUGUGCUUCCAAGCUGCCAGUGAAGUGGCUUGCUCUGGAGAGUCUGGCAGAUAAUCUGUACACAACACACAGUGAUGUGUGGGCAUUUGGGGUGACCAUGUGGGAGAUUGUGACCCGAGGGCAAACCCCUUAUGCUGGCAUUGAGAACGCAGAAAUCUACAACUACCUCAUCAGUGGGAACAGGCUGAAGCAGCCACCAGAGUGCCUGGAAGAUGUCUACGAUCUCAUGUGCAGCUGUUGGCAUCCUGAGCCCAAGCUACGCCCCAGCUUUGGAGUGCUCCGGUCGCAGCUGGAAAUGAUUCGGGGGAGGAUGUCCACACUCUCUUCCAGUCAAGAUCCUCUCUAUGUCAACAUUGGGAAGGAUGAAGAGGUGUCUGCAAGUGACCCUGCCCUGCAUGCCUCCUUUGGAAACAUGGACGGUGAAGAGACGGUUGCUGGGGCAGCUGCUGCUGUCACAAGUGACUAUCGCUACAUCAUGAGCCCCUUGUGCCUUGGAGAUGAUGCCGAGCGUGAAAGGCAUCCAGAUGGGCAGGAAGGGGAGGACAAAAGCCUUCUGUAUGAACUGGAGAGAGAAGGAGAGAAAAGUUGUUAGCCUGUACAUAGCAGUGACAGUUUCCCUGGGACAGGAUGUGAGCAGCCACAGUGCCAUGUCGCCUGGGGCUCUGAUGCCGGAUCUGGGAUGGCUUUGAACAGCACUGGCCAAAGCUCUUGGGCAGCUUUUGUAGCUUCACCACUUGUGUGUGCUGCAGUGGCGGAUGGCUUGGAAGGACCGCAACCCGAACAGCCCCUUGGAUUUGGGGGAGGAGGGCAGUAGGGUUACAGCUUGAUUGUAUCCGGCUGAAAGGAGUUCAAAGCUGAGGUGGGCAGCUAAGUCUAUGCUCUGCUCCUUCCCACUGACUGCUGGAGUAGAGCUGAAUACACCUUCUGUUCAGUCAGUGUUCGCUCUUGUGUAGAUGUUGUCUUCAAUCCUGGCUGCGUGACUUUGGGACUGGUACCUCUGAAAACACUAGUGGGUAUUUGCACUGUCAUUCAGGACAAGAGGGCAAAACUCCCCUUGUGUUCACUCAGCAGUGCUGCCUAGACUUGUUGCCUACCUCAGUGGUUCUCAAACUGAUCUGCAGAUCUGCUUCUACCCAGCACUGAAUUUUAACCUCUGGCUUAUUUCAUGCAGUGACACUUGCUGCUUCCUCAGUCUGGGGCUCUUUUAAGAGUUUCAGACGUUUUGGUGAGCAGUGAAAUUAGAAAAAAAUGAAAAUCCAGCAUCUCUCUUCACCCCACGUACCUCUUUUAUGUCUUUUUCUUCUGUUUGAUGCCAAUUCAGGCCCAACCAGACUAGCAGCUGGCAUUAAAAUGCAAAAGGAGGGAGAGCAGCGGGCAUGUGUGAGGACAGACUCCAACUUCAAAGGGAUGGAAAGGAAACAAGGUAGAGAGGACUUAACAGCAGUACUGGAAACAGUGCUAAUAAUGCUGGAGUGCAGCCCUUCAGGAGAGGGACUAGACAGCUAGGUUACAGAAUGGCAGACUCGCUUCAGUUUCAGCAGAAGCAGGAUUCAGCAUUUCCUUUAAAAUAGGAUUCGUUUAAUCUUUAACAGUCCUAUGAGUUUUUCAAAUAGCCAAGUGCUGUAGCUGCUGUAGUGAAGGUGUGUAAUCGGUUUUGGGAAGGUGUGUGCCUUGAGGGGGAAGGGAUCACCUGAAAGAUCUCCUUCUGAAGAGCAUCCUCAUGAUGAAAAAGCUUGAGAACCACUGGCCUUCCUAUUUAGGAGGUCUUUUGGCAUGCUGCAAAAGCCACAUCAGAACAUAGACUAGUAUCACUGCAGCCUUCCAGACAGGGCAAAAUUAAUAGUUUUGCUCUUUGGGUUUUGUUUUGUUUUCCAAUCAGCAUGUCUGACUCACUAUAACUGCAAGUGCUUGUGUGGUUUUUAAUAAUUUAAUAUUUUACUGUAAAUCAGCAUUUGUUUUGUGCAGUGGUUCCCAGCAAGGAAGUGCAGUUACAUCUUGCUCUACUUAUCCUAAAUAUUCACUAGAUCUUAAUUUAUUUUCUUUCCAGUGUGCUGAAAACUUGGCAGUAUCACAGGACUUAGGAUUCCACAUAGCUCUUCCUCAGAAAUGAAUACCACAAAUGUCAUCAUGUUGGCAAAGGUGGGACCAGUAAGUUAAAGGAGAUUGCUGACUUGGUAUCAGAACACUCCACCCCUCAAUGCUCAGUAUUUGCAUCUUGUGAGGUUUGGGGCUAACUACAAAAUUCAGGUCCAGUUUCAGCCCCUAGUGAAAACACUUCCUGGGGAAGGGGAAUUUCAUCCUGGGGCUUACGCGUUGGUCCUUUCUAUAAAGUAUCCUACCAAACAGUGAUGUCCUACAGACAUCUCCAGAAGCUCAGUACAGUUUCUCAGUCACAGAUACAAACUGCACUGUCUUAUACCCCAGACAGUACAGGGUUUUCUUGUAAUUCAGCUGGAAUGCUGUAAUUGCAGGUGAGAAGUUAACUCCUAACAACGGGUAACAGAAACCUGUGCGAUGCACAUUUACAGUGAGAGCAGAAGGGUAUGCUUCCUGCAGCUGCCUGGGAAGUGCAGAUGUACAUACAGACUCUAACUUUGAGAAGCAUGUCUUUAGUUUUUAUGCAUUUUUUAAUAAUAAAACAUGUACUGUG